AUGACAGACGUCCACCCGUCUGGGGGCCGCCUCGCCUUUGACAGCAAACUCACCGAGCAACUCCAACAACCCUCGCGCUCGCCCAAGUCGCGCUCUCUAUCCGACGCUUCCAAGCCAACGACCUCAUCCCAACCCUCCACCGGUGAUCUCAGUCGCCCACCCAGCAAGGAUGACAGUGUGAUCCCCUCUUUACCCUCCACUCCCCGGCGUUCCUCUCUUCACCAACCCAGCCUGUCCCUCAACCUCCCCUCCAAGACCGCCUCUCCAUCCGUCCCCAACCGCGCACCGCCGCUCUCUCCCCAACUCGACUCCUCCCACACAUAUGGCUCACCAAGCUCCGUGCUUCCGCGACGCUCACGCGGCCUGGACUUUUCGCGCGCAUGCACGAAUCUCCACCACUCGACUCUAGCUGAAUCAUCCCCCGAUUCGUCGCCCACCAUCGGUGGCCGGGGUAUGACCAUUCCUCAGCGCCGCGGCUCUCUGGGCUCCACCUCAGUGCCACCGUUUACAACCUCUGGUCCCACAGACCGCACGGCGAUCUCGGGCUCUGUGUCCAGCGUCAACAUGAUGGAAUCUGACACCAGUACGAGCGAGGAAGACGAUGAUCCCAUGAUGGGUGAUCGAGAUGAUAUCAUGCUCAAUACACCGCAGGCGGUAAGAAUGGGCAGUGGACCAAGUCCCUUUGCAACGGGCAACAUCCAAAGCCCCGGCAACGACUGGAUGGCUGGAUGCCACCAGGCGACAGCGAGCCUCAUGAGCUUUCAGCGGGCGCGGUUCCGCAACACCAAAGGACGAAGCCGACACAGCUCGAGUAGCGCAAGCGGCAACAGCUCCAAACCCAGUCCUGGACCUCAGUCUCCUCCCGUCAUGAAGAGCGUGGAGAAUCCCACAGGGGGCUAUUUCGCCCCGCGACAGACCGGGCAUGCGCGACGAGAGAGUCUCAGCCUGAGCACGCGCGACUUGCGUCUGUCAGAUCUGAGUGAUGACGGUGAAAGCCGCGCUCGUGGCGGGAGUCCCACUGCCGCGACGCAUACGGAAGGCGGACCUUUGGGUGUGAUCCGCCGUGCGGUUACUAGACGCGGAAGUUUACUGGUGAGUGCUAUCUGA